AUGUCGCCUGUUCCUCUGCACAGCAGGGAGCUACCCCUCAUCGACCGCUCCUUCCUCACUGCGUCGAUACCCGACCUUGUUGCCCGGCUCACCGACGAGGAGAAGGCAGAGCUCUUAUCUGGCAAAGACACGUGGCAGACACGCGAUGUUCCACGUCUAAACAUUCCUUCGAUCAAGGUCACGGAUGGACCUUGCGGAGCUCGCGGCGAUUCGUUUGUCAAACGCACUCCCGCCGUCGUCUUGCCUUGUGAAACCGCCAUCGCCUCGACGUUCUCGCGCAAGACUGCCCACGCUGUCGGAACGCUACUGGCCGCAGAGACCAAGGCGCGGCAGGCGACUUGUCUUCUCGCACCUGGAAUCAACACUCCGCGUAGUCCCUUGGGAGGCCGCACGUUCGAGUACUACUCGGAGGAUACAACUCUUGCUGGCCAUCUGGCAGCCGCGGUCGUCAAUGGACUCCAGGUCAAUGGCGUCAGCGCCACCAUCAAGCACUUUGUCGCCAACGAUCAGGAGGAUGGUCGCCAGGGCUACGACGCUGUGAUCGACCCGCGGACGCUUCGGGAGGUGUAUCUUCGACCAUUCCAGAUCGUCCAGCGUUUGGCCUCGCCGUGGGCUUACAUGCCGUCGUAUCACAAGCUCAAUGGUGUGCACUGCUCGGAGAGCACAUGGCUCUUACGUGACUUUCUCCGCGGCGAAUGGGGCUACGACGGCUUGGUCAUGUCCGACUGGGGCGGCACGUACUCGACCGUCGAGGCGUUGAAUGCUGGGUUGGACCUUGAGAUGGGUGGACCAGGUACCUGGCGAACAAAGCUGCUUAUUGGACUCAGCGUUGCGUGCUUCAAACUUGACCCACGGACGAUCGACGACCACGUGGAGCAGGUGCUGCGCUGGGUGCAGAAGCUGGCUCGGUUGAACCCCGAGAUUGUCUACAACCCGGCGCCAGUGGAGCGAACGCGGUUCGAGACACAGCCUCAGGAAGCGGAGGCGACUCGAGCCAUGGCCGCCGAGUCGAUCGUCCUUCUCAAGAACGACGACAUCUUGCCUCUCCUGUCGCAACAGCGAGUCGCCGUGAUCGGCCCGGCUGCGAAGAAGGGAUAUAUGACGGGCGGCGGAAGCGCACAGCUGGAGCCGGCGUGGGUGUCAUCGCCGCUGUCCGGCCUUGUCGACAAUCGACCUUACCCCGACAUGGAGAUCGAGUACGCCAUCGGGUGCAUCAACCACUGUUUCCUGCCGGUUCUUGACGACCAUUUUACCUGCAUGGACGGCGAGGCGGGCUUUGACCUGCUCUACUACCCCCUGGUGGAUGGUCAACCGACCGCCAAGCCGCUGUACCACGAUCGCCAUCACAAUUCGGAGAUGCUCUAUUGUGACUGGACUCCGGGUCCGGGCUUGCUCCCCGACUACAUCACAGAGCUGCGCGCGGUCUUUACAGCCUCUGUCACCGGCGAGUACGAGUUUGGUGUUUGUUGUGUGGGAACGGCCAUGCUGUUCUUCGACGAAAAGAUGGUUCUCGACAUGACCAUGUCCCUGCCGAGGGGCAAGAUCUUCUUUGGUAAUGGAACCGAAGAGCAACGCGUCGUGGUGCCGGUUGAGGCCGGGAAGACAUACACUAUCCGCCUCGUCAACGACACGCGCCGUCCGACGUCCGGUGUCAACGCUCAGACUCAAAUCUUCAACGCCUUUCGCUUAGGUGCAGCGCUAAAGGUGUCGGACGAGGACUUGUUCGCCGAGGCAGAGGCCGUCGCGUCUCGCAACGACGUUGCCGUUGUGUGUGUUGGGCUCGGGCCGGAGUGGGAGUCGGAAGGAGCCGAUCGCGAGACCCUUGCUCUCACAAGCCGACAGGACGAACUCAUCGCGCGGGUUGCCAAGGUCGCGAAAAGGACUGUGGUGGUUGUUCAAGCGGGGUCUGCAGUGUCGAUGCCGUGGGUCGAGGACGUUGACGCCGCGGUGUACGCGUGGUACGGUGGCAACGAAGGAGGCAACGCCAUUGCCGAUGUCAUUUACGGCGCAUACAAUCCAUCUGGCCGACUCCCGAUCACCUUCCCCAAGCGCGAAGUCGACAUUCCCGCGGCCUUCAACUUUCGCAACGCCCGCACCCAAGUCAUGUACGGCGAGGGUGUGUGGGUGGGCUACAAGCACUACAAAGCGCGGGGCAUUGAGCCACUCUUCCCCUUUGGACACGGCUUGUCGUACACCACGUUUGAAUACUCGGACCUCAAGGCGGACGCGACGGACGCCGAUCCGGAAGCCUGGAAGCUCGAGGUGUCUCUUGUGGUCACCAAUACCGGUGACGUGAUGGGAGACCACAGCGUUCAUGUCUAUCUGGUGCCGCCGCCGACAGCGCCGCAGGGUCUCAUCCAUCCGGAGUACUCUCUGCAGGGCUUUGCCAAGGAGUACGACAUUGCUCCUGGACAGGCGCGUGUGGUGAACCUGACUCUGGACAAGUAUGCCGUUUCGCACUGGGACGAGAAGUGGAAGACAUGGCGUGCGGAGCAGGGCACGUGGCGCGUCAUGGUCGGCCGGACUGCCCAGACGAUGUGGGGCGACGCGAAGUUUGCCAUUGGGCGGCGGUUCGAGUGGAGGGGGUUGUAG